AUGGAUCAACCUGGACCUUCAGGAAACAGUCAAAAGCGAAAGCGAGUAGCUCUAAAUACUUCGACAAAUGAAAAGACCUUAAGUCAGUGGAUAGAGGUUGAGUUGGAGCGAGACUUCAGUGAUGUGGACGAUGAAGAAGUGGAUCCAGAUUUCUGUUUACACAGUGAUCAUGACUCGGCUUCAGAACAAUCUGAGGAUGAAACUCAAUCUCAACGAGAAAGAUCGCCCCGCAGUUCAGUUGCGAUGCAAGAUUCAGGUCUAUCUUCAAUACAAGAUAAUAUACACACAGAAUCCCAAAGAUACUACAUAGGUAAGAAUGGUUUUAAAUGGUCAAGCGAUGAACCAGUGAUGCGUAACUGUCGUUCACUAAGCCACAACUUGGUUGACAUACCUAGAUCACAGCCUAGAGCAUUCACCAACCUAGAAACCUUGUGGAGACAUUUUAUGGAUGACGAUAUUACUGAAAAAAUAAUUGAAUAUACCAACAAAAAACUUGCCCAGAUACGGGUAAAAUAUAAAAAUCAGGAAAAACCUGAGCUUCGCAACACGGACGCAGAAGAAAUGAAGGCUUUCUUCGGGUUAUUAUUUUACUCAUCUGUCUUCAAAUCUAACCAUGAGAAUGCCAAAUAUAUCUUUGCUACAGAUGGUUCAGGCCGAGAUAUUUCGUGCAGUUAUGUCUCAGUAUAG